GUCAUGGAAAGGAAAAGUUGCUUCAUAGUUAUAUUACUAUUAUCAAUAUUUGUUCUUUGUAAUGCUCAACUUAGCCAAAAUUUCUACAGCAAAACAUGUCCAAAUGUGGAAUCUAUAGUCCGUUCUGCCGUCCAACAGAAGUUUAAGCAAACUUUUGUCACUGUCCCUGCAACUCUCAGGCUUUUCUUCCAUGAUUGCUUUGUUCGGGGAUGUGAUGCUUCGGUUUUGUUAGCAUCGCCGAGCAAUAAGGCGGAGAAGGAUCAUCCUGAUAAUCUUUCACUGGCCGGAGACGGGUUCGACACCGUCGUCAAGGCGAAGGCCGCCGUUGAUAGUGUUCCUCAAUGCAGGAACAAAGUUUCAUGUGCUGAUAUAUUAGCUCUCGCUACUAGAGAUGUCGUAAACUUGGCAGGAGGACCAUUUUAUAAUGUGGAAUUGGGAAGACGAGAUGGGAGAAUAUCUACAAUAGCUAGUGUUCAACACAAACUCCCAAGCCCUAAUUUUAACUUGGACCAACUCAAUUCAAUGUUUGCCUCACAUGGUCUUACCCAGACUGACAUGAUCGCAUUAUCAGGUGCACAUACACUUGGAUUCUCCCAUUGUGGCCGUUUCUCCAAAAGAAUCUACAAUUUCAGCCCUUUAAAAAAGAUUGAUCCAACGCUCAAUCUUCAAUAUGCAAUGCAGCUAAGACAAAUGUGCCCUGUCAAGGUUGACCCAAGAAUUGCCAUUAACAUGGAUCCAACGACUCCUCAAACCUUUGACAAUGCAUAUUAUAGAAACCUUCAACAAGGAAAAGGAUUGUUCAGCUCUGAUCAGAUUUUGUUUACUGAUUCGAGAUCGAAAGCCACUGUUAAUCUCUUUGCUUCAAAUAAUGGUGCCUUUCAAAAUGCUUUUGUCUCUGCCAUUACUAAGCUUGGCAGAAUUGGAGUCUUGACAGGAAAUCAAGGCGAAAUAAGGACAGAUUGUACUCGUAUCAACUAGAAAAGAAUUGUAUUUUAGUUAUUAUUUAUUAUUAUUAUUAUUACUAUUAUUAUUAUUAUUAUG